AUGGGGUGUUGCUGCUGCACCUCCAGAGGCUUCAUGAUAGGAGUUUGUGUUCUUCAAUUGUCAUUCACAGCAUGUCGCCAAUUAUUCGAUUUACUUGGAUACAUGUGGGCCCCGAUACUGGCGAAUUUCUUCAACUUCUUAUUCGUGAUCUUCGGUUUGUUCGGAGUUUAUCAAUAUAGACCCCGUUACGUAAGCACUUAUGUCUUGUGGACCGUGAUCUGGAUCAUCUGGAACGCGUUCUGUAUUUGCUUCUACCUCGAAAUCGGGAUACUAAAUCGGGAACUCAACUAUCUGAAUCUUGGAACUGGAUCCCGAUCCUGGUUCGAGAUCAAUGGUUUGGGAUGCAAGGCUAUGUUCGAACCUCACACCCCAGACGAGCUAGCCGGAUUCACUAAGCCAGCGUCGGUGGACGGUUGUCUGGUGGAAUAUUAUUACGUCGAAAGCACACAGGCUGCGAUACAGGUGAUCUUGGGUUUGCUCGCGCUCUUCGUCGGAACCUUCGUUAUUUACAACUACACCCAGGAAGAUCCUUCGUCCGUGAGAAGAAAGGGACCUUGGGCUCUCGACCCCCUUCAUCGAUCGACGGCAUCCCUUCCGUAUAGCAUCGAAUACCACCACGUGUCCAAUCACAGUCAGGCUGGGAGUUUCAAUCAACAUUCGAAGUUCAACUCUAACUCGAUCGGAUCGGCGAAUAGUUCCCAGAGGAGACGGCGCAGGAGUUUGCGGUCAAAUCGAUCGUCGCAACGAGCGUCUUACCAGAAUCCGGUGACGCGUUUGAUCGAUCGCUACGUCGACACGUCGUCUCAAGACUCGUAUAAUCAUCUCGCAGAAUACCUGAAAACGUCGGCAAACAACAAUUUGCACACUCUGGGGAACGGGAGCAACCUUGUAUCGGGUGGGCCAUUCAAUCAGGCCUACGGCAGCAAUGUCGGUCCGGGCGGACAGAUCAACCAAGCCUACGAGAACAGAUACAGCAUAGCGUCCAGUGGAACAUACGGAGUCGUGGAUAACGUUCCGAGUCCGCCUUACACACCAUACAGUGCUCAGGCUCAUCCCCAACCACCGCCGAGGAACGUCGAGACCAAUAUGUAG